GACUUUGAAAAAUUACAGCCAACGCGUUUUUUAUACGAUGACUCAGAUUCCGAAUUUGAAGAGGAAUUAGACAGUAAAACCGUUGACAUUCUCGGUCCUCCGGUUUUACGUUUAUCUCACUUUAAAAAAAAUACUAAAUUUCUGACUAACACAUUACUAAUUGGAAUAAAUGGUGGAGGAAGUUUAUUUCUUGAGUCAAUUUCGAGUAAUAAAAGGUUAAUUGGAACUAUAUUAUUACCAGAGAUUGAAUUGAUUCACAACACAUUGAAUCAAGAAAAUGGUUCGAAUCAAGGAUGUUUUAUCUAUGAAAUGGAUUUCAGUCAAAAGACUUUGUUAAUUCCAUGUAACUAUAAGGUUGAUGAUGAAAGAUGCUUUGUUUGGGCUAAGACACUAUUCAAUCAUAUUGAAGCUGAACGUGUAAUCAUUUUUGAUACUUUCAAAUUAUCUUCUUAUAUAUUUAAUCAUCGUGACGAAGAUAAUAUUUAUCCAUGUUGUCGCGUUCUGAGCUCGAGUUCCGCUUUAAAAAUGGAUAAAUCGAUUCCAAUAUACCAGUCACCAAAUCUUGUGUGUAAUUUAUCAGCUGCAAUACUGAGUCAU